CUGUUGAAAAUGUCUGUGUAAUGUAGAUAAAUGUGAGGGAUUUUCUCUCUAAAUCCGUCUCCUGUUCGCUAAAUCUCACUUCUCCAAAACGAGCCUGCGCAAUGGAACAAAGUCGGAAUAUUGAGAUGUGACAUUGCCCGCAUCUCAUCCUCUUUCUCCCCGUUUUUAAUGACUUCAAACAAGUUCAUUUUCGCCGGGCUUUGUCUUGCGGAGACCCGUGGGGAUGUCUAGCGCUCUUUCCUUUCAGUGGCAUUUAUGUGAUGUCUUUAAGAGUGCGAUGUGCUGUAUCUCCUGUAGCCACACCCUCUCACUACUGCUGUGCGUCCUCACCCUGACUCCGACGGCAACAGGGGCGGGCCCAGAGACCCUGUGCGGGGCGGAGCUGGUCGACACGCUGCAGUUUGUGUGUGGAGAGAGAGGCUUUUAUUUCAGUAAACCAACAGGCUAUGGCCCCAAUGCACGGCGGUCACGUGGCAUUGUGGACGAGUGCUGCUUCCAAAGCUGUGAGCUGCGGCGCCUGGAGAUGUACUGUGCACCUGCCAAGACUAGCAAGGCUGCUCGCUCUGUGCGUGCACAGCGCCACACAGAUAUGCCGAGAGCACCUAAGGUUAGUACCGCAGGGCACAAAGUGGACAAGGGCACAGAGCGUAGGACAGCACAGCAGCCAGACAAGACAAAAAACAAGAAGGAAGUUCAUCAGAAAAACUCAAGUCGAGGCAACACUGGGGGCAGAAAUUACCGAAUGUAGGGAAAGAAGGAAUGGACAAAUGCCCAGCGACUUGGGAAGAGAGAAGGGAGUGGCCUUACCUGGUACCCCUGUGGAAUGGUUCACUGUAAAACAAAACAAAAAGAAUGCUAACAAAGGUCCGAAAAGCUCUUAAAAAUGAUUGAAACCUGAGAGCUAAGUGGUGUUUAAGGGUUUGAUGAGGGAUCUUGUGAUUAUUUUAUACACUGCACCAUUCCAUAUCGGGAAGAAUUCUUUGUUAAUGCAAUGUAACAGACUAGUUUAGCUGCUGAGACACAAACAAGAGCUUAUUUUACCUCCCUGUGUGAGCUGCAGCAUCCCCUGGUUCCAGGAGAGGUGGGAACGGAUCUGUGCUUCAGCCAAUCUGUGAGCGACAGGCUAUGUUUGAGAAUGAGUGGUCCAUCCUGUCCCGUGAACUUUGCGGAGGUAAAUCCUUUCAGUCUGAGAGAGUGGAUUCAUUCACUAAGUUAGACAGGAUACUUUGUCACCGGUCAAAUAUAACCGUUUCUACCCCAGCUAAAAUCUGAUUAUCUUACCUAGUUUGUUUUUAAGCACUAUGCAUUACUGCGGAUAUUUUUAAUAGGUAAAAACAAGGUUUUGCUUCAAAGGACAAAGACCAGGUGGUUCAUUAUCAGACUUUCAAUAUUGUUAUAGUUAUUUUACUUUGAGCCCAAAUCCCUACUUCUCGUUGACUCCUGAAGGCAGAGAUUGUCUGUCUAAGUGGAGUCCCUUGAAGGUUUGUGUCCAAUCCAAAUCCCUCCUAAGCGUCGGAAAGUGUUGAGAACCUGAGGACUGACUUCUACAACAACAGAUCAAGCACCAUUAGAGGGAAUUUUUAAGGAAGGUGGGAAGUAUAAAACCAAGAUUGUCCCUGUUUUACAAAAAAACAGAAACUAAUUAAUCAGAAGCUAAAUUGAAUUAAGGUCUUUUGGCCAGUCAGUGCACAGUGCUUGUUUGGUUGCAAGAAAUGGGUCAUUCAGUGGAUUCAAAGUGCAUUUGGCAUACGUCAGUGGAAUAAGUCAAAUAGCAACAAUCAGGCAAAAUAUUGGUUGUGGUCAAAUCAGAUUUUUGUCAACAAUCCAGGAACCGGUGAUCAACAUUUGCGUCUGAGUGGAGGCCUUUGUUCAAGGUUGUGAAAGUUUAGUUAAGUCAUGAAAGUUUAGUUACAGCAAGUCAACAAGCGCUCUAAAAAGAGAUUUUUUUCUUCUUCUGUUCUCUUAAAGAACUAACAAUAUGUUCCCAAAUCUGUCAACACUUAAAUUUGAAACAAGAGAAGGAGAGACUCUAAGAAUAGCCACGUAGAUGGGAAGUUAAAACCAUUGAUCGAUCUCGGCCUGUUAUAUUUUGGUCUUUUAGGGAGGCCAAGAACUUUGCUACUUCAGUUGUCGCUUGGACCGCGUUAUCUGCCAUCAUGGCGAGAGUACAACAAAAAUCCACAGCAUCUGUUGCAAAGUCCACUGGAGAAACAUGCAGAUGAAAUGAUUUGGUAAAUAUUGCAAACCAAAAUGACAAGUCUUCCUGGAGAUAUGCGAUGCAACACACAUAUAACUACAAAAACACACAUACAAAACAACCAGUGUAAAUGAGAGUUGUGUAACUGUGAGUAAGGUUCAAACACACACACACACACACUCACUCUCUUUUCAUGAAAAGCCGGUUCUGAGAAGUCCUUGCAUGAGGGCUGACAGUCACGGCUGUUUGUUCAAGCCUCCAUGCGGAUUUACAGUAAUUGUAUUGCACAAACCACCCAAGAUGUCUCAUCUCUGCCUCCUCUAUCUGUGUAUAAUCAAACAGUACUCCCAUUUAUGUUAACCUAUGCAUACCUAUCAUUCAUUGUACAUGAUGGUUUCAUAUAACAAAACUGUAUUAAGAAUCCUAUCCACUGUAUAAUGGUGCUAUUUUGUAGUUUGUUACUUGCAAGAGAUGGCUGAUACAGACAGAUGGCAGGGCUUACAUUGGAGGUCUUCCCUUUUGCACAGCCUUGUGGCCACCAUUUUAAUAGUGUUUUUAUUUGUAAGCUGUUUCAAUAAGGUAGUAGUGUAAGCGAGUAAAUGUAUCUGUGUGAAAUCUGUGAAUGCAUGGAGAUAAAAAAAGAAGAAAAUAUGUUGUGGUCCCAAGAAGGCAAAAUGCUAUUUUUUCUACUGUUUUUCAAUUAUUUUCUCAAUAUAGAUCCCUUAUGCCAAAUAACUUGACAAAAGUACUGUGAACUGUGGUUCUUCCAAUUGUAUUAAGAUUGUUAAAAGUCAUGGUGUGCUUUUGUCUAUCCUGAGAUGUGUGUGUGUACAUGCACCUCGCUGGAAGCCAAGGUAUUGAUUAUUAAAAACACUUAACGCAAGACUAUGUAACUUUUGCUGAACAGCGGCCACUGUGGCUACAAGUGGUAAUUACAGGAUAAUGGCAUAUAACAUUUGCCUUCAUUUCCCAAGAUUACCGUGAGUCAGACAUUAUUUUUUCAUCUGUGACACACUGAAAUGUAGUGUAACAGGAGCACAAGUAGACAACAACCAUAAAAUCAGCAUAUUUACUCAUUAAUGUCACACAGUGUCUAGCUUAAAGGAAUAGUUUGACAUUUUGGGAAAUUCACUUUCUUGAGACAAGAUUUUAGAAGUGCUAGUUGGCAAGAUAGCCAAGUAAGCAGUUUCCCCAUUUCCAUUAGUUACAAUAGGCUAAGCCAACUGGCUUCUGGCUCUAGCUUGAUAUUUAGCCUACAGAUAUGAGCGUGUUAUCAAUAUUCUCAUCUAAGUCUGGGCAAGAAUGCAAAUAAGCGUAUUUCCCUAAAUGUCAAACUUUUACUUUAAGUUUGCUAAUGUUAGCUAACAUUAGCCUGCAUAAGCUACUGGUCAUACCAGACCAAUUAAGGCUAUAGUGGCAAAAUUGAAUUGCCACUAUGCUGAAUUGAGCAACGGUGUGUUUUGUUGCUUAUGAAUUAAUUUGUUAGAGGAAGAAUGUGUUAUUCCCUCAGAAUGUUUCAAAGUCUCACUUUAGGAAUAAGCCAGGAGUUUAAUUUAUUUUGACCAAAACAUUUGUUAGAAGCUCUCUUAAUUCAAACUUAUUUUCACCGAUUAAUUUAAAAGUGUGUUUUUAUCUGUAUGAUAAUAAUGAUCAACAUAUGCAGCCUACUUUGGUGUCUAUUCCUUACAAAUUAUAUUACCAGUCGGCCUGGCGGCUGAAAUAAAAAAUAAGGUGGUUGUAGAACAACUCCGGUUCCCCUAGAUUUUCAGAUAUACAGUACAAACCAAAGACAUCAAUUCACACACUGUAUCUGGUAACCGCUUAUAAUGUAAUGCAUAGUGAAGUGAGACAGACAAAAGUCCCUUUCUGUGUAUCUGUUUUUUAAGAAAGCUGCAGCAACCAACUUUAAAUCAUGUUGACUAUGAAUCAUUCAAACACUGUCACUUGUGUGAAAUAUAAAUCUAACUCUGUGAGGUGUUUAAUGAGAAAAUUUCCUGAGAAGUUUGAUUACAGCGCUGUUAUUCAUGGUGCUCGAUUGCCUUCUGUAGAAAAAAAAAUACUGACAAAUUGUUCACCAUUCCUGCUGAAUAAACCAC